GGACAGCGGCCGCGGCAGCAACAUUAGAGAGUGGCGGCGGCGGCAGCAGCAGGAGGAGCAGCGGCCGCUGGUCGGCGGCGGCGACAGCACCCUCCUCCUUCUGCCCCUCGCUGUCUUAUUCCGGGGUUGCUUCUCAGCCGGGCGCCGGUGGACGGGAGCGGAGCUCGCUCCCUCUGUUCUCUCGCCAUCAUCCCUUCCCCGCCCCCCACCCCGCUCCUUCCCUCUUCUGCUCCAGCCCUCUGGGGUUUCCCCGGCCGGCUCUAUGGCUCUGUGCAAUGGAGAAGCCAAGUUGGAAAAUACUGGAGAAGAUCUCAAGGAUGGUCUGUGCCACUACGAAGGAGCUGUAGUAAUACUGGAUGCUGGAGCUCAGUAUGGGAAAGUUAUAGAUCGUAAAGUCAGAGAACUCUUUGUCCAGUCUGAGAUCUUCCCUCUGGAAACUCCUGCCUUUGCCAUAAAAGAACAGGGAUUCCGAGCCAUCAUUAUAUCUGGAGGUCCAAAUUCUGUUUAUGCAGAAGAUGCUCCCUGGUUCGACCCAGCAAUAUUUACAAUAGGCAAACCUGUUCUUGGAAUCUGCUAUGGCAUGCAGAUGAUGAAUAAGGUAUUUGGAGGUACAGUACACAAAAAAGAUGUAAGAGAAGAUGGAGUAUUCAGCAUAACUGUAGAUAAUACAUGUUCACUCUUCAGAGGACUUCAGAAGGAAGAGAUAGUGCUUCUCACACAUGGAGAUAGUGUAGAUAAAGUAGCAGAUGGAUUCAAAGUUGUUGCACAGUCUGGAAAUGUGAUAGCAGCUAUAGCAAAUGAAUCUAAAAAACUCUACGGGGCACAGUUUCAUCCCGAAGUUAGCCUUACAGUGAAUGGAAAAGUGAUGCUUAAAAACUUCCUUUAUGAUAUUGCUGGGUGCAGUGGUACUUUCACAGUUCAAAACAGAGAGUUGGAAUGCAUCCGAGAGAUCAAGGAGAAAGUGGGGUCCUCAAAAGUUCUGGUUUUACUAAGUGGAGGUGUAGAUUCCACUGUGUGUACAGCUUUACUGAACCGAGCUUUGAAUCGGGAUCAGGUGAUUGCAGUGCAUAUAGAUAACGGAUUCAUGAGGAAGCGAGAAAGUCAGUCUGUGGAAGAGGCCCUCAAAAAACUGGGAAUUCAAGUCAAAGUGGUCAAUGCAGCUCAUUGGUUCUACAAUGGCACAACAACUCUGCCAAUCUCUGAGGAAGACAGAACUCCGCGAAAAAGAAUCAGUAAAACUCUAAAUAUGACUACGAGUCCAGAGGAAAAACGCAAAAUCAUUGGUGAUACCUUUGUUAAGAUUGCUAAUGAAGUUAUUGGAGAAAUGAAUCUGAAACCGGAGGAAGUCUUCCUUGCUCAGGGAACUUUGAGGCCUGAUCUCAUUGAGAGUGCUUCCCUUGUUGCCAGUGGCAAAGCAGAAGUUAUCAAGACUCAUCACAACGACACAGAGCUCAUCAGAAAGCUGAGAGAAGAGGGCAAAGUCAUAGAACCACUGAAGGACUUCCAUAAGGAUGAAGUAAGAAUACUUGGAAGAGAACUAGGUCUGCCUGAAGAGCUGGUCUCAAGACAUCCCUUCCCAGGUCCUGGUCUUGCCAUUAGGGUGAUAUGUGCUGAAGAACCAUACGUUUGCAAAGAUUUCCCUGAAACCAACAACAUUUUGAAAAUCUUAGCAGACUUUUCUGCCAGUGUUAAAAAGCCUCAUACACUGUUGCAGAGGGUCAAAGCAUGUACAACUGAAGAAGACCAAGAGAAAUUGAUGCAAAUUACAAGUCUCCAUUCAUUGAAUGCCUUCUUGCUGCCAAUCAAAACUGUGGGAGUACAAGGAGACUGUCGUUCCUACAGCUAUGUGUGUGGGAUCUCCAGUAAAGAUGCUCCACAUUGGGAGUCCCUGAUGUUCCUGGCCAGACUCAUACCACGCAUGUGUCACAAUAUAAACCGAGUUGUUUAUGUGUUUGGCCCACCAGUUAAGGAACCCCCCACAGAUGUUACUCCAACAUUCUUGACAACAGGAGUUCUCAGCACGUUGCGACAAGCAGAUUUUGAAGCUCAUAACAUUCUCAGGGAAUCUGGUUAUUCUGGAAAAAUCAGCCAGAUGCCAAUAAUCCUAACACCGUUGCAUUUUGAUCGAGAUCCCUUACAGAAGCAGCCUUCCUGUCAAAGAUCAGUAGUCAUUCGAACCUUUAUUACUAGCGAUUUCAUGACUGGUAUUGCAGCGACUCCUGGCAAUGAGAUACCAGAAGAGGUUGUGUUGAAAAUGGUGACAGAGAUUAAGAAGAUUCCUGGAAUCUCCAGGGUGAUGUAUGACUUGACUUCAAAACCACCAGGAACAACUGAGUGGGAAUAGUUAUGAUUUCCCCCGAAGUGAAAGUACUGUAUGGAGUUUUAAAUUAUAUCAAAAACCAUUCCCAGUGUUGACAUGCAGUACUGUGAAAAGAGUGACUGGAGCUGCUGCUACAUCACAUGUGAUUUUUUUAAAAAAAUAUUUUUUUUUCCUGGAACAUAAUCUGCAAACUAAGAGUGAUGAUAUGGGGUGGGGGGAGGACUGAGGUAAGUGGGGCUGAGGAUAUGUACGGGUAAAAUAAUUAGGGCAGUAUUGCCUAUGUGCAGAUAGAUUCAUAUUGCUUUGCCUUUUUUUGUCUAUUUGACUCUUCCAGUUUUUUUCCAUGUGUUUCUAUUGUUGUCACUUCAGUGUCUCUUUUUAAUUUUUUUUGUAUACUGUGUAAAAAGAGGCCCUUUAUUUACAUUUACCAAAACCAUUGUUAGAGCCUAUUAAUAAUGUAAAAUGGAAAAAAGUGACCAACUGCUUUUGAAACAGAUUUAUUAUAAAUAAAUAUUUUGCCAAAUGGACUAGUGGGUAUUGUUGAAUUGUGGAAUUAAUGUAUAUUUGUUUGUUGUACUCUGUAUAUCCUAUUCCAUAUCAUUUGGAAUAUUAAGCCCAUGGCAAUAAGUGAUGAUAUUCUAAACCGGCACGCAAAUAAUGACUCUAUUCACCCACUUCUCUCCUUGUUUUCUCCAUAAUAUAUGCAUACCUUUUUCAUCUUCCCUACCAUGCUGUGAUAAUCUGUAUUUAAUGUAAUUAUAUCAGUUACAAGAGAACAAGGCAGGAAUUAUAUAUAUAUGAUUUGAAGCAGAUACUGUAUUUUACACAAAAUCAAAAAACAAUUCACACUAGCCAUCAAAAUAUCUGUGCCAUUCAGUUUUUGUCUUUAUCCCUUUGGCCUUUCCCAUUGCUUCCAGAUUUCACAAAAGUAUUUUGUAAAUGCAAGGGAAAAGCAACCCUUAUGCAUGCCUUUAUGAGACCUGUUGAAAUGUUUUGCCAGUUUUUAUGUGAUUGGGUUUCGCAGUCAGCUUCACAAAAGUGAAUCUAAAUUAGUUUCUUCAUUGUUGGUUCUUGAAGGACAACCUGCUAAUUAAAUUGGAAAGGUGAAUAUAGUUACUUCUGCUUUCAGUGUGUGCAUCGGGUUUAGAAGUUAGAUGUGUUUUGCAUAGGUGUGGGUAGUGGUCCACAUAUUCUGAACUCAAAUAGAAAUGUGUCUGUAUAGCUGCCUCAGCAGGAGGGAGCAACUGUAGCUCCCAUCAGUUCUAGCUAGCCAGUGGUGAGAGUUGUCAGGAGUUCCAGUUCCAGCAAUCUGGAGAUAUUGUUAAUGUAACAGGAAAGGAGGAAAGUGCCUAGUUGCCAUCAAGCAUGGGUAGACAACAUGUUGCUCCUCCAGAUAAUUGUGGGAUAGCAACUCUCUUCCGAACUUGUCAGCAUAGCUAGUGACAAAAUAUAAUGCACAUAAUAUCCAUUGUACAGCAACGUCUCAAGCGUCAGAGGUUGCCCAUUCCAUCAUAAAAAGAGUACUUUUUCUCUAAGAUUGCCACAGUUUAUUAUGAAUGUCUUCCCAAUUCAGUUUUGUACCAGAAAUCAGUACAAGCCCACAAAAGUUUUGUUUGUGCUCAGAUGCUCAAGCAGUACAUAGCCACAGUUCCUAGGAGGAUACGGGCGAUCAUUUGCUCUGCUGAGGGUUUAUGGAAACUUGUCACCUAACGAUUGCAAUUGUAUAGAGGAGAUGAAAUAAGUGUUUCCGUUUAAAGCAAGAUUUGAUGCCAAAACAUCAGCCUUUCAUAUUUUCAUUCAAGACAAGGCCGCUCUCCUUGUCUGAAUUUCCAAGACAUGGUUGGAUGAAUUAACCAGACCAGUGUUUCCUUGCCUGUUCUCUGCUCCUCUGUGCUACAACAUUUUCCUGUAUGGCAAAGGAAGGAGAAAAAGGGUGGUGUUGGCUAUGAAUUCACUGUGACCAGUCAGAAACUGAGGGAACAAAAAACCUUGGGUGUUUGGAUGGCCGGGAUAACCUGGUGGGUCUCUUGUUGUACUGACAACUGUACUGUGCCCCAGAUGUUUUGGUUUCUCUUCAAGAAUUUCCUGCGGAGAUCUUGCAACAUUGAUAUAAGUACAUUGAAUGAGAGAGUGCAGAGAUUAGGACUGCAGUCCAUUUCAUCCAGUCUUCAUGCUUUCCCAUAAUACAUGGUUUUAAGAAAGCCAAGUCAGAAGAGUUUUCAGAGCAGUUGCUGAUGAGUCCCUGGCAGUGAGAGUAAAGACAAGCACUAUUUGGAAGCAGGGAACUCUGGUUCCUGACAUUCUGCUGAGUUCUGAACAUUUGGGUUCUGAGAUUGGAGCUCCCUUGGAUCUAUUGCUGUGCCUUGAGGCUGAGGUUAUGGCAUUUGCCAGAAGCACCUUCUCUUCCAUUGAAAUGUUGCCAUUUAAACACAAUUUUUUCCAGACUGAUAUCUAAAACAAUAUUAUAAUCCAUAGUGUUGGCAUAGUUUUUAUGUAGUUUUGAAAAAUAAGCAUAAUGGCUACAAUCAUAAGAGGCAGAAGUUUUAUUGAAUAGUGACUGUGCCUUUACAGCUGGAAUUUGAACACUUUGCUUUGAUAGUCGUUAUGUUAGAUACACAACUAGUCAUGCUGUCUAGGAUUUCUAUCUUUGGAAAUAUGUAAAUUCAGUUCCCUCUAGAUGAUAACUUAUAUUUUAAAUAGGAGUCAUGAAUAAAAUAGACCUUGGCAGAAUUUAUAAAGCUGAUUAUUGCAAGAGCCAGAAGUACACAAAUGUAAUGUUUAUUGCAUUAUAAGUGAGUUGUUUAAAAUUUAGCCAAGAUGCCAGUGGUGUAGAAAACAAUUUUGUGGGGUUUUUUAAAACACACACACACACAACACAUAGAUUUAGUUUUUGCAGGAAGCAGAAUGUGGAAUAUACCUUAACUGCCAUCCUUCUAGUCUUUGAAUGUAUUUCAUGGUGUUAAUUCCUAUCAUCUCAGCCAGAUGCAGAGACACAGAUGACUGUCUUGUUGUGAUCCAGAAGGGAAUGUAUACGUAGAUUAUGAAUGCAGUGGUUCUUGUUCAGUUUGUUCACCCUCUCAUCUAUGGUCAGACAUGUCAGCAUUUUCAAAGGAAUUUGUAUAGAGAAUAAUUCCUAGCAUUCUCCUUAAAAAACAUUUUCUGCUUGUAAAUGAUAAAAGUACUGUGAGCCUUAAUUUUUAUCCACAAAUAAAAGUUACCCAUUUGGA